AUGGAGGUCGACCACUCGGGCGAGAUCGGCGUCGGCGACGCCGGGCCGGAGCCCGAGCCCGAGCCGCCCGAGGCUGCGCCGUCCCCCGCCGCCGCGGCGGCGCUCGAGCACCAGCAGCCGUGGCGCGAGCAGCUGACGGUGCGGGGCCUGGUGGCCGCCGCGCUCAUCGGCUCCAUGUACACCGUCAUCGUCAUGAAGCUGAACCUCACCACGGGGUUCGUCCCCACCAUGAACGUCUCCGCCGCACUGCUCGCGUUCCUCGCGCUCCGCGGCUGGACGGCCGCGCUGGCCCGCCUCGGCAUCCGCUCCUCCGCCGCCAGACCCUUCACGCGCCAGGAGAACACCGUCGUCCAGACCUGCGCCGUGGCGUGCUACUCCCUGGGGCUCUGCGGGUUCGGGUCGUUCAUGCUGGGCCUGAACAGGAGGACGUACGAGGCGGCCGGGGUGAACACGCCAGGGAACGUGCCGGGGAGCGUCAAGGAGCCAGGGGUCGGGUGGAUAACCGGGUUCCUCGUCGCCAGUAGCUUCGGCGGCCUCCUCACCUUGGUUCCCCUCAGAAAGGUCUUGGUCAUCGACUACAAACUAACGUACCCAAGCGGGACUGCAACGGCUGUUCUUAUAAACGGAUUCCACACCCCUCAAGGAGACAAGAAUGCAGAGAAGCAAGUCCGUUCAUUUCUGAAGUAUUUCGGGAUCAGCUUCCUGUGGAGCUUCUUCCAGUGGUUCUACACCGGUGGCAGCGUCUGCGGAUUCGCUCACUUCCCUACGUUUGGCCUUCAGGCCUGGAAACAAUCGUUCUUCUUCGAUUUCAGCAUGACGUACGUCGGCGCCGGGAUGAUCUGCCCGCACCUUGUGAACCUCUCCACCCUCCUCGGCGCGAUGCUCUCCUGGGGAAUUCUGUGGCCACUCAUCAGUAAACGAAAGGGGGAUUGGUACCCGGCCGACGUGCCGGAGAGCAGCAUGACCAGCUUGUAUGGUUACAAGUCAUUCCUCUGCAUUGCUCUGAUCAUGGGCGAUGGCAUCUACCACUUCGUCAAGGUCCUCGGCAUCACUGCCCAGAGCAUGCACGAACGAUCGAAACUCAGACGCAGCAACAGCCGAGUGGCCGACUUGGACAAGGCGGCGGCGAUCGACGAACUGCGGCGGGACGAGGUCUUCAACCGGGACUCCAUCCCGGCGUGGCUGGCGUACGGCGGGUACGCCCUGAUGAGCGUCGUCGCGGUGGUCACCAUCCCGAUGAUGUUCCGGCAGGUGAGGUGGUACUACGUGGUGGUCGCGUACGCGCUGGCGCCCGUGCUGGGCUUCUCCAACUCCUACGGCGCCGGGCUCACGGACAUCAACAUGGGCUACAGCUACGGCAAGCUCGCGCUCUUCGUCCUCGCGGCGUGGGCCGGGCGCGAGGACGGCGUCGUGGCCGGCCUCGUCGGCUGCGGCCUGGUCAAGGAGCUGGUGCUCAUCUCAGCCGACCUCAUGCACGACUUCAAGACGGCGCACCUGACCCUGACGUCGCCGCGGUCCAUGCUCGCCGCGCAGGCCGUCGGGACGGCCAUAGGCUGCGUCGUCACGCCGCUCACCUUCCUCCUCUUCUACAGGGCGUUCGACGUCGGCGACCCGGACGGGUACUGGAAGGCGCCGUACGCGCUCAUCUACCGCAACAUGGCGCUCCUGGGAGCCCAGGGCUUCUCGGCGCUGCCCAGGCACUGCCUGCCGCUGUCCGUGGGGUUCUUCGCGCUCGCCGUGCUCGCCAACGUGGCGAGGGACAUCCUGCCGCCACGGUACGGGAGGUUCGUGCCGCUGCCGACGGCGAUGGCCGUGCCGUUCCUCGUCGGCGCAAGCUUCGCCGUCGACAUGGUGGUGGGGACCGUGGUGGGAGUAGCAAGUAACCCUUGCAUCUCCAAAGUCCCCAGGCUUAUACCUGGAUUUAAGGCAGACUAUAGGCCGUCCGAGAUUGACCACGAAGGCUAUCUCCGCAAGACGGACCAAAGAUGCAACCUCGAGUGA